AUGAAAACCUGCAAUAUCGUCAAUGGCGGAUCCCGGCUGGGGUACUUAGCUUGCCCUGAAAGGAGACGUCAACGAAAUGACCCUAACAUGCGACAGACGUUUGUUAGCAUGUCGACAUAUUUCAUUCUGAGAGAUCCGGAUAUAUUCCCUGAUACCUCCGAAUUCAUACCGGAACGCUGGUUGAUCCCUCGAGAGAAGCUACGAGAACACGAGAUAUAUCUUGUCCCAGCAUCAAAAGGAACAUUGGGUUGUUCGGGGCGAAAGAACGUUGAGAUGAAACGGGACGGCCUCAUCGGUCAAACUGUUCAAGUAACGAACGCUAUUCGAGUAAAAGUGCUAGAGAAUACUCUCAUUGAGAUAGAGAUAUUUAAUAAAUUGGAUAUAGUAUAA